AUGGUGCACGUGACAGACGUUUUGGCUAUCUUGAAGAAUCCCCAGCUCUUCCACCUACAUGAUCAAGAAGAGAAUCCAGAAACCAUCCCCAUGAGAAGUCCAGGGGCUCUGAAAGCUUCUCAUCAAACGUUUAGGCAUUUUCAGUAUCUUCCAGUGACUGGGCCUCACCCAGCUGUGAGCCAAAUCCAGGAGCUCUGCCGGCAAUGGCUGCAGCCCGAGACCCACACCAAGCAGCAGAUGAUGGAACGACUGGUGCUGGAACAGUUUCUGAGCACCCUACCGGAGGAGGUGCAGACCUGGGUGAGGUCAAAACAGCCUAAGAACAGCAAGGAGGCAGGAGCCCUGGUGUCCGGCUUGAUCCAAGCAUGUGGGGAGAAAGGUUUCCCGGCUCAGGACUUUGUCCUUGCCGAAAAGAGGAACACCAAAAAACAAAAGAAGGACACAGAGAUGUCUGAAAACCCCUUAUCUGCUGGACCCCAGGAGUUGGUGACUUUCCAGGAUGUGGCUGUGGACUUCAGCCUGGAGGAACUGACCUACCUUAGUGCUGCUCAGAGGAAUCUCUACCGGGAGGUGAUGCUGGAGAAUUACAGGAACCUGGUCUCCUUAGAUGGGGAAAAAAGACCUAAAACCAAAGAUCUAACUCCAGAGCAAAGCCUGCCUGUGGAAAAGCCAUCCUUGGGGGUGGGAAUGGAGGAUUUACAGGUAGGUAACUUCUUCAGUGUCCACGAAGGAGAGUCUUCUCCUGAUGGUCCAACAGACUUGUACCAGGUCGACCAGGAGAAACUUUCAAGUUCUAUAAAGAUGAGUGAGCCGGAGACCCCCGCUCAGGAAAGAGGCCGUGACAGUGAUGGUUUUGAAAGAAGCUCAGAUCUCACUAAACAGUCAGAAGGUCCUCCAGGAAAGGACCCCCAGCAAUGUGCUACUCCUGGAAUUGUCACCAGCCCCCAGCCAGUGGUUGAUGAGCCUUUGCUCCAAGAGAACAGAGACAACAGAUGUAGAUUUUGCGAAAGAACUUUUAUCACCCAAAGAGCUCGUGAGAGACAUGAGCAGUUGCAUGCUGGGAAGAAACCCUUUGAAUGUAAACGAUGUGGAGAAGCCUUCAACCUCAUGCCACACCUCACCAGACGUCAGAGGACUCAUUCCAGUGAGAAGUCUCGUGGAUGCGGUAAAGGUGGAAAGUCUUUCACCCGGCACACAAACACCUGUGGCCGUGUAAGAAUUCAGGGUCAGGAAGACUACUUCGAAUGUUUCCAGUGUGGCAGAGCCUUUAUCCAGGAUGUGCAUCUUUUCCAACAUCUCAAAGCCCACGAGGCAGCCAAAGCUCUUCCCCCUAGGUUGCCCUGCACUAAGACGUAUUUCAUUCGCUAUCAGCGGAAACAUGACUAUGUUGGAGAGAGAGCCUGUCAGUGUUGUGACUGUGGCAAAGCCUUCAGCAGGACUUCACACCUCAUUCAGCACUAUCGAAUUCACGCCCAAGAGAGGCCUUACCAGUGUAAGCUGUGCGGGAAAUGUUUCAGCCGACCCUCCUAUCUCACUCAACAUUAUCAGCUCCAUUCUCAAGAGAAAGCUGAUGAGUGCAAUUCCCACUGA